AUGAUAACAACAAAAUACUUCUUUCUGCUCAUAUUGAUUACUGCGGGUUUUGCGUUCAUUCUACUGUACCAUUGGUUCUCGACAAAGGUUAUUCUUGCCGAUAAGCAGCUAACGAUUCAUCUGGCUGAAGGAAACAAUGAGCAACUGAUACACAGCAACAUCAAUCAUUGGCAAACGGCCACGGCAAAGGUGGACGACAGCACGACCUAUCGGAACUAUGAUGAACAAUUUGUGAUAAUUUACAACCGGGUGCCGAAGACUGGCAGCACCAGCUUCGUUAAUCUUACGUAUGAUCUAUGCAAGAAGAAUGCAUUCCACGUACUGCACAUUAACAUUACCGCCAACAUGCACGUACUGUCGUUACCUAAUCAGGUCAAGUUUGUGCGCAACAUAACCGCUUGGGAUAGCAUGAAACCUGCCUUCUACCAUGGACACAUGGCUUUCUUAGACUUUUCAAAAUUCGGUAUGCCAUCGAAACCGCUGUACAUUAAUCUCAUCAGGCAGCCGCUCGAUCGGCUAGUGUCCUACUACUACUUCCUGCGCUACGGCGACGACUAUCGACCCUAUCUCGUGCGACACCGAGCCGGUGAUACGAUGACGUUUGACGAGUGUGUUGCGAGGCAGAAGCCAGACUGUGAUCCCACGAACAUGUGGCUUCAGAUACCGUUCUUUUGCGGACACCAUGCCGAAUGUUGGAACCCUGGCAGCAGCUGGGCCCUCGAACAGGCGAAGCGCAAUCUCGUCAACGAGUACUUCCUAGUCGGACUGACCGAGGAGAUGGAUGAGUUUAUCGAGCUGCUGGAAUUGUCGCUUCCCCGCCUGUACAAAGGUGCGGUAUCACACUUUCAAAAGUCGAACAAAUCGCACCUGCGCAAAACCAAAUCCAAGGUUGAGCCUGCGGAAGAAACGGUGGCCAAAAUUAAGGAAUCGGCCGUGUGGCAGAUGGAGAACGAGCUGUACGAGUUUGCGCGGGAUCAGUUCCAUUUCGUGCAGAAGAAACUACGCACGCCGGGCAGGAACGUGAUGCAGGAUUUUAUGUACGAGAAAAUUAAACCAAAUCCAAACGGCGCCGCCAAGAACUGAUAUAGGAACCGGGAUCCCCGCAAGGUGAAAUCUCCCAAACGGCGUAGGGAGAAGAUUUGAGCGGGACCCA